AUGUUCAGCAGACGCAGUACUCACCCUCCCUUCUGGGGCCUCAGCGGCCACCAUGAAGAACUGAUGCUUCAUCCCCGCGGGACCCCUCGAGGCGGAGGCAACAUAAAGCCUCCCACUCCGCAGUUCUCCUUCCCCCAGUUCCCCCGUCUUCCACGGGAUGUUCGCCUGCGGAUAUGGGAGAUGACCGUCGUGCCUCGCAUCGUCGAGGUCCGCGUAAACUACAGCAAGAACGAUGCGGAUCACGACCAGGCUAGCAAGAGAUUCACCAAAGUCACGCCAAAAGGAUACGAGGUGUUCCCGUUGUUUUCAUCUACACCGGUGCCGGCGCCGUUGCAGGCUUGUCAGGAGGCGAGGAAUUAUUUAGGGCAGUCUGAGGUGGGUUAUGAGAAGGCGUUUUGGGAUUUAGAUUUACCGGUUGCGAGGAAAGAAGCCGGUGAUGAACCUAAACCAGAAAACGAGGAACCCACAUCGGAAACUGAGAAACGUUCCAAACCAGAGGACACCGAACAGCACCAACAACAAACAGAACUAUCACCAAGCCCAGACCCAUUCGAAGAACCACCCCGUCAUCGUCCUUACGUAUGGAUGAACUUCCACAAAGACAUGCUCUCCCUCGGCCCCUCCCCUUUCCACCAUUUUUUAUCUUACUCCUCGAAAAUCAAAGCUCUUCGAUUCCAGCAAGACCUUCUUAGCAACGAAGAAGUGGCAGACCUCCGACUCAUCUCCAAGUUUACCAACAUCAAGGAACUCCACAUAAUCUGCGCCUACGGGCAGGAGGUUGACGACUGGGCGGGCGUGGAAACCGAGCUGGAUAUGAAAUUUCCUAUCCCCAGGUGGGACGUGCUGGUGAUUGCUCCUGGGGAUGAUUUGGUUGUGGAUGCGUAUGAGAUUGAUAUUUAUGACAAGGAGGAGGAGCGGAGGAGGAAGAGUCAGAGAUGA